GAAUUUAUUCAUGAAAGUUCUCCUCGUUGAUGCUAUGAUGAGUGGUCGCAAAGGCCGAACCAGGUUUGCAGCAUUCUUAAAAGUUCUUAAGCAGGCCUUCGAAAAACAUUCUAAGAUUCAACAGAUAGAUUCUGAUUUUGAGAUAAUCCUUUGACAAAAUACUUUUACAAACUUUCAGGGUAGUGCAGUUGAUAAGCAUAAUAUUGACUCUUAUAUUCUGAAUCCUCACUUGGUCAAUAAGAUUGAUAUGUUCUUCUUCGCGAUUGAAGGAAAUCUCCUCCCAUGGACUAAAUAAAGCAAGAAAGAUUGCCAAACUGUUCUCGAUAGCUAAAUAAAUCUAAUAAGCCUCUUUUUGGAACUGGUGGUUCUAUGCAAUUCCUUGCUUAUUACUGAGCCACAGAUAUGCUUCAGUGAGAAGUAAUAAAUGGUGGUGAGAAGGGGUCGAGUCUUUCUGAAAUCUCUAAAUACAACAAGAUCGCUCGUAACAAAAUCCAAGAAAAAGAGAAAUGUGAAACAGUUGGAUCUAUUGUCAAGAAAGACUCAAAAGCAAAAUUGCACAAACUGCUUUUCCCCUUUGAGGAUAAUUUCGUAUUUUUAGAUGACUCUAAUGGAGAUUAUUACUGCUACAAAUCCCCAAAUCUCGAUUCUUCCCCCGGCCAAAUUUCCUCUACCAAUAAAACCCAAGAAUAUGAAGAAUGGAUCCCAAUGGGGAACUUUGGGCUUCAUAACUACCACAAAACCACCAAAAAUCACCUCACAAAGUCUAAGAAGUUUAAACUAACAGACUCAAUAAUAACUUCAAAACUGACUGACACUCAGUGAACUUUGCUUCCAAAGUACUUGGGUCACUACUUGCUGCAGUCGCUGCCUCUGCAAUUCUUGGUGACUUGUUCAAACACAUUCGAUCCUCACCCCAGCCCGUUCAGUUAUACUACCUUGGCAGAGUCAAGCAGAGGUCCUUUGGUCGUGACUCAUGACCAAGCAGUGGUCGUCCAGUUUGAAGUGAGCAACGGAGGUGAUCAGAGCUGAAUGAGUUUGAUGAAUAAUUUUGUUAUGCAUCAUACUAACCGAAUCUACAAUUUCUGUGUUGAUCAAAAAUCUCCAUCUGCAUCCUUUGAUCCUAACAAAAUCUCAAAUUUGGCUCUAGCCGUUAAGAAAAUUUGCCAUGAAAGGAGACUCGUAGCUGAUGGCGGAAUUAGUAGAAUGGAGAAGAGUAUGCCAAAGUCAGGAUCUGUCCUCUGCCUCCAGAACUCCAUCCUCGCUCGAUGAAACUCCAUUAACAAGAUACCCAUAGUUGGCAAGUCGAUAAACACAAGGCAGGGUUCUUCAAAAGGGUCCAAGGCAUUUGUAGUACAAAGUAUGUACAAGAAUGGCUGUAGAGAUGCCCUGUAUUCCCGGGAGUCUAAAAUUACUAAGAGCAGCCUAGCUCUAAAAACGGAAGGGCUGGUUAAUUAUAAAUCAGUUAUUGCCUUUAAGAACAAAAACUUAGACUGAUCAAGAUCCGAUAAUGAAUUGAGCACAUAUUGAGAUAUAACGGUUGAGAACAAGCCUUCGGGGAGGAAAGGCAAAGUCCUUCCCACUAAUAAAUUAUAUGUCAGUGGAAGAGAUAAAUUAAAAUCAGCUGGUCUCCCUAAAGGGUGAAGUCGAAAUACUAAUGUCAGGCUUAGAUUUUACACAAAGACCAGUGAAAAUCAGAUCCUUGAUCCUGAUGAUUCAAAGCUCACCAAUAACACUAAACUGAAAAUCUACAAAGACCAUUCAGCUCGGUUAUCAAGCCAGAGGAAAGGGACUUCUAGGAAUAAUGAGAUAUUCGAUAAUCCUAGAUUCAAGACCACUCCAAAACUUCCUGCACAUAAAGAAACUCCUAACCCAAGUUUAAACUACAGUAGGCUUCAGUCUGAAAAUCUGAAAAAUACCACUUGAGUCAAUGAAGAGGAAGAGAAUGGGAUAACUUUCUUCAGGAUCAAGACGAUUCCAUCAGAGAAGCUUAAAACUGAUGCAAUUAGGGCUAGGAAAUACCUCAAAGGGUCAAGCAGCAAGAGUCCUAUGUCUAAAGGAUCCAAAGGGAAGACCAUCAAGAUGCAGUCAGAUAUUUACAGAAGGUAUUAUUCGAGGUGGAAACAAUUUGAGAAAAUGCCCAAAUAUGACCUUAGCAAACCCUCUGUACUGGCUUCUGGUCCCUACCUGGCUGGUAAAGCUACUAAAGCAGAGCGAACUAAGAAUUGGAUCUCUGAGAGAGACUUUGUGACAUGAUUUGGGAAGAAGUCGUCUAGAGAAAGUGCCAAUUUCAUCCCUAAUUAUGUCAGCAAGGCUCCUAGCAACCCUCCUAUCUUACAUAAGUUUAGAGAAGUUAAGAGAGAGAAGUGGGUGGACAACAAAGGAUUUGUCUUAUAAAGCAUGAAGCAUUUCAUUAAAAAGGCUUGGUUUUCAA